AUGAAGAAGCCAGUGGGCGAGGAACUGGGCGACGAGGAGAACCGCCGUACUACGAGGAGCAUGACGAGUAGGAACGCUAUAAAGAAGAAUAAAUUUGAUGAUAAAGAGAGUGCGGGCGACGAGAAGAAGACAAAGUACGGCGGGAGGAGGAAAAUUUUCGACGAGAAGAAGCCGACCGGUGCAGAACAGACAACGAAGAGGAGGCCAAAUAAGAAAAGGAUCCCGAAACCCAUAGCCAAAAACAUAACCCCGGAUAAACCGCUGAACAACACACACAUACAUGUGCUGGAUGACAAUGGCCAGCAUAUUGGAAACACCAUACAGCUGGACAACAUUUACGUGGAUACAGCUAACAAUGGCCAAGUUAUUGGCAACAUCAACCUAGAUCUUAUGGCCAAUCCUUCCCCUUGGAAAGUGGUUAAUUACCAGAUUCCCGUGCCGAUCGGCGACUGUUCCGCACACUUCCUUGUUGAUAAGGCAACGGGGACUGUGCAAAGGGCGUUUCUUAUGGAUGGCGGCACCAACGCGGGCAUUUAUGCCGCCUGGGCCCAAAUCCUCAAGGGCCUUCGUUUCAUCGACCUCCAGCUGGGCAGUGCUUGGAAGUUUGACUCCUGGGUAGUUACUCAUUGGGACGAGGACCACUUCCGCGGCGUCAAGGAUCUGCUUGUCAAUAAUGAGAUCGAGUUCACGCGUUGUAACCGUAAUGGAGCCAAAGUCACCAAGGGCGACCCUGGAAGCUUUGUGUCUCUUUAUUUCGACUCCAAGCCUGUGCUAUUAUGCGGAGCAUGGGACGCACCAGUUAUGUUCAAGGGAGGGGGUGACUUUUUGCGCCCCUUCGUCAAGGAGGAUAAAUUUAAGAGCUGGAGUCGCUUCAAGACAGCCAAGACGAGGAGUAAGAACGGUAAAAAUCUACUUAGGUGCAUAUGGGGUGAGAACCUCAUAGGUCUUGACCUUUUUACGCGCAGUUUCCAUUUCGACCGCGAAACGGGAGAAGUGGACUAUAAAGCGUCUGAAGAAACUUAUUAUACCACCAAGGACGAGAAUGACUCAACUUCCAAAAACAAACCGCGUUUCUGUGUGGUGGGCGCAAAUGGAUACGGGAUUGGACAACCAGACGCUUGCGAAUCAAAACCAUCACGCAACGAGACGUCUAUCCUUGCUCUCCUGUACUGGCCGGGUCAGGGAUGCUGUUCGUACUACACGGGCGGAGAUGGCCACCCGAACGUAUUCAAAGGGCCUGUAAAGGAGUGGUUCAUGAAGCACUGGCCUGGGGGUGACGUGGAAAUGGUCAAGUUGGAUCACCAUGGAUCAACAAAGGAGAAUCUUGGAAAAAUUCUCCAUGCAGAAGACGAGGACGAAAUCAUUGAAGAAGAGAAAACUCCGUCUAAGGCCGUGAGCAGCGACAUUGCAGAAGAGAAAGCUCCAGUUGAGGAAGCACCGCCGGAGUCGGACACCGAGUCGGAGUCGGAGUUGGUGGAAGAAAACUUGGAUACACCGGACGAUCUGGAGAUAGAGGUGACUAAUGAUCCAGAGGAUGCCAAAGAGAUUGGCAUAGUCAUCGAGUAUAUGAAGCCUAGUAAGGUUCUCGUUACCCCAGGAACCCGCCACGGCCACCCCACUUGGGACGUUCUGGUAAUUUUGAGAAGCUAUUUUGAACAACUACCUCAAGCCAUCAGUAGCCAAGACUCCGACAAUAAGCAAGUACGAGGGCUUUUCUCGACUCGCUCAGUGUACUGGUUCAGUAAAGACAAAGUCUCUUAUAAGGACAUUAACUUCAACCACGUCCGUGGCACCGUUUUGCAAAAGUGUCUGAAAAUUGCUGAAAAAGAGGACGCUAAGAUGCUGGAAGAAAAGGUUAAGCAAGAUCCGAAUGAUGCUAACAAGGGAGGUCAAGACAUUGAAGAAGAAGACGAUGAUAAUGAUCCACCAUUCGAUGUUGGAACAGCGCAGAUAGCUGACACUCUUGAAAGAGCCAAAGCGCAGGAAAAAUGGGCGGAAUCGAGAAAAGCAUACGUCGACCACAUACUCAGCCAAACAGACAGCGCCAAAUACUAUAAGAAAAAUGGCGACCGUAAUGGGGACGCUAUAAACUUGGCUGUGGCGAGGGCAAUUGAAGAUUUUGAUAGGAAGAGGAAAAAGGGCGUAAAACGCGAGUCUAUUGUUUUUCAGCCCGCCCUGGUUCCAGGAAGUCUAAGGGACAUCCUGGAGAAUCUAAUUGGGGCAUUCGAUGAGCUGAUCGAGGCUACUGAUGAUGCUCAGCUAGAGGGGGUGGAGAAUUUCGAAGAGAUCUGUUGGCAGCCGCUUGUGGCGUCUGAAAAGGAAGAUCCGCACUUUCUCAUCCGAUUUGAGUUUGGCGAAGAGAGAAAAGAUACUGCUUUAAAGGUGUUUGAUGCUAGCGGCCAGUAUGAAUACGAGGAGGGCAGCACACAAAGCGAGAAGAAGGAAACUAAACAAAACUACAAUAAGAGACCUAAACGAAGCAAUAAUAAGGGAAGCAUACACGAGGAAAGCAAAGAGCAGGAAAGUAUACACGAAGAAAACAUUCAAGAGGAAAUCAUAAAACGCUACAGCGAAACUGCGACGGGGUUGAUCACCAAGGACGAAAAGGACGAAAACAACCCCUGGACCAAGCACGCAUAUGGCGAUUGUGAUAUCGCAUCCAUGUUGUCCGCCAUUUCGCUCAAUACCGUGGCCGAUUCCAAAAUGGCCACUCGCAUUAGGAAGUCAACCAAGAAAGAAUUUACAAAAGGAGAUUCGAAAAAUAUGAUUUACAAAUAUUACGCCAAGCGACCGAAUGCUAAGGCCGGAAACGUGGAAAUGAUCGAGUGGAAUGAACAAAACAAACAAGAUAAUACCAGCAGGAGCAGAGAGGAGGAAGAUAAGAAAGAGAAAGAGUCUGGGGUUUUGAAGAAAAUAAUUACCAAGACAAAAGUCAAAGAGAAGCAGAAGGACUCUGGUGGCAAAGGUAACAAAGGCAAACGUCCCUGGAAAUAG